AUGCUAACCCUCAUUGCGAAUGCAGAGUGCGAGGAGGUGCGGGUGAAGUGUUUGGAUUGCCUCAAGGCGAUGACUCCUUCCUUCGAUCGCUCCAUCGUUGAACACCAAAUUCUGCCAGUGCUGCUGCAGGUACACCUCGUGGGGUGUACAUACACCUCAAGCUUUGAUGAUGGUCUAGCCCUCGAUGAAUACCAAGCGAUCGACAAGGAAGUCAAAAGCAUCAUGCAAAAGGCAGGCCAAGGGUUUAGGGUGGACGAGGACCGACGAAGACAUUUUGCCCUCAAGGCUGUGGACGAGGACCGACGAAGACAUUUUGCCCUCAAGGCUGAGCAGCAGUCGGCAGUUGCUGCUGUGCUUCCAUCUGGUCAUCCAGCUGUUGCUGGUGCUGCAGCUACUGCAGCAGCAGCAGCAGCUGCUGCUGCUGCUACUACCACAGCUGCUGCUGCUGCAGCAGCAGCAGCAGCAGCAGCAGCACCUUUGUCUACUCCUGCUAUUUCUCUUGAGGCUUUUUUCUCACAAGCAGCAAACUCAAUAACAACAACCCCACCACCUGCGCCCCUCAAGCCUCCCCCUCCGCCCCCACCCCCCGGAGCAAUGCAGCAGCAGCAGCAGCAGCAGCAGCAGAUGAAGCAGCAGCAGCAACAGUUGCUGCAGCAGCAGCAGGAGAGCGAUGUAGAGCAGCUUCUAAGUUCCCUCUCCUCGCGGCUGCACCCGCAAGCACUCAACAUCGCCGUAAGUCUGCAGCAGCAGCAGCUGCAGCAGCAGCAGCAACAGGAGCAGCAGCAGGAGCUGCAGCACGUACAGCUGAACCAGCAGCACCAGCUGCAGCAGCAGCAGCUGGAGCAGCAGCAGCAGCAGCAGCAGUGUGUUGGUGGUGUGUUGGUUUCUAAGAAAACAAACAAAACUUUAAUUCUUUUGGGGGACCUGCAGCAGCUAGACAAAUACCUGCUGCAGCAACACAGACAUCUGCUGCUGCAGUGA